ACUCACUCGGAAUACUAUAAAACCUGUUGAUUUCAAAUAUUCCGAAUGUUAUUUUUGCAUCCAUGAAGCUCAUAAAGCUUGGUAGUGCAGGCCAAAAACCCGACGAUUGCUUCCAUUUUUUGGUCUCAAGAGCAUUAUCUUCUGUUAAAAACCGGACUAAUCUCCACAAAGUUCAUUCUCUCAUAGUAAUUUCAGGCCAGCACCAAUCAACAUUCUUCUGUGGAAAACUCAUUUCAAAGUACUCCGAGUUCAAAGACCCUGUUUCUUCAUUAUCUAUUUUCCGCAUAAAUUCACCUACCCAUAAUGUUUACUUAUGGAAUACUAUCAUUAGAGCCAUGACCCAUAAUGGGUUAUUCUCUAAAGCAUUAGACUUUUAUACCCAAAUGAGAAAAUUAAAUGUUAAGCCGGAUAAUUAUACUUUUCCUUCGAUUAUUAGUUCGUGUGGCAACUUAUUGGAUCUUAAAAUGGCUGAAAUUGUUCAUGAUGAUGUUUUGGGAAUGGGUUUUGGAUCAGAUUUGUAUAUAUGUAAUGCUUUGAUUGAUAUGUAUGCGAGGAUGAAGGAAUUAGGGAGAGCGCGUGAGGUGUUUGAUAAAAUGCCUCAUAGAGAUGUGGUUUCUUGGAAUAGUUUGAUUUCGGGGUAUAGUGCGAAUGGGUAUUGGGAAGAGGCGGUGGAAACUUUUCGGGAGGGAAGGUUAUUGGGUGUUGUUGCUGAUACUUUUACUGUGUCAAGUGUUUUACCUGCAUGUGGGGGUUUGAUGGAGGUUGAACAGGGUCAGAUAGUUCAUGGGUUGGUGGAGAAGAAUGGAAUUAAGGGAGAUAUGACUGUGAGUAACGGACUUCUUUCGAUGUACUUUAAGUUUGAGAGGUUGUUGGACUGUCAGAGAAUCUUUGAUGAGAUGAUAGUUAGAGAUACUGUCACUUGGAAUAUCAUUAUUUGUGGGUUUUCUCGCUCCGGGUUGCAUCAGGAGUCCAUCAACUUGUUUCGAGAAAUGGUUUGUGAGUAUCAGCCGGAUCUGCUUACAAUUACUUCUGUUUUACAAGCUUGUGGACAUUUGGGGGAUUUGAGAUUUGGAAGAUAUGUUCAUGACUUUAUUUUGAAACACAGAUAUGAAUGUGAUACUACUGCUAGCAAUAUCAUUAUUAACAUGUAUGCAAAAUGUGGUGAUUUAGCAGCUGCAAGGCAAGUAUUUGACAACAUGAAAAGUUGGGAUUUGGUCUCAUGGAACUCAAUGAUUAGUGGUUAUGUUGAAAGUGGGUUUAAUAAGGAAGCAGUAGAUCUGUUUAAGAUAAUGAGGAUAGACUUGCAACCGGAUUUUGUCACCUUUGUGACACUUCUGUCAACCUGUACAAAGUUGAUGGACAUGGAUUUCGCAAGAGAGCUCCACUCUGAUAUAAUUAAGAGAGGAUAUGAUUCCACUCUUAUUGUGGGCAAUGCUCUUCUAGAUGUGUAUGCCAAAUGUGGCAAAAUGGAGCAUUCAGUGUGGCAAUUUGAAAUUAUGAAUACUAGAGAUAUUGUAACGUGGAAUACUAUUAUUGCUGCAUGUGGUCAUAAUGAAGGAAGUUACGUAGGUUUAAAGAUGCUCAGUAGGAUGAGAAUGGAAGGUAUCAUGCCUGAUGUUGCUACCAUUUUAGGUUCGCUGCCUUUGUGUUCCUUGCUUGCUGCCAAAAGACAGGGGAAAGAGCUGCAUGGCUUCAUUAUCAGGCUCAGUUUUGAGUCACAUGUCCCUGUUGGAAAUGCACUGAUCGAAAUGUACUCCAAAACUGGGAGUUUAAAGAAUGCAAUAUCGGUCUUUGAGCACAUGAGGAUCAAAGACGUGGUGACGUGGACAACAAUGAUAUCUGCAUAUGGAAUGUAUGGCGAAGGAAUGAAAGCUCUCAGAUCUUUUCAAGAGAUGAAGGAGAAGGGUACUAUUCCAGAUCAUAUUGUUUUUGUUGCCGUUAUAUAUGCAUGUAGCCAUUCUUGUUUAGUGCAAGAAGGUCGUGCUUUCUUUAACCAAAUGAGAAAAGAAUAUAACAUUGAGCCUAGGAUUGAACAUUAUGCUUGCAUGGUUGAUCUUUUAUCACGUUCUGGGCUACUAGCUGAAGCGGAGGACUUUAUCCUUUCUAUGCCGCUGCAGCCUGAUGCAAGUAUGUGGGGAGCUCUACUCAGUGCUUGUCGAGCUAGUGGAGAUACCAAGACUGCUGAACGUGUUGUAGAACGUCUUGUUGAAUUGAACUCUGACGAUCCGGGGUAUAAUGUUUUAGCUUCCAACGUAUAUGCCACUUUGGGGAAGUGGGACCAAGUGAGAACAAUACGAAAAUCCUUGAAAGCUAGAGGACUCAAAAAAGGCCCAGGAUGUAGUUGGAUUGAAAUUCGCAACAGAGUUUUUAUUUUUGGCACUGGGGAUAGGUCCUUUCAACAAUACAAACAAGUCAAUGAGCUCAUACGGGACCUCAACAAUGCAAUGGAUAAGGAAGGUUAUGUUGCUGACUUAAAAUUUGUUCUGCAUGAUGUUGGUGAAGAUGAGAAGAUAAAUUUUCUUUGUGGGCAUAGUGAAAGACUUGCUAUAGCGUUUGGAUUGCUGAACACAAAAGAAGGUUCACCUUUGCAAGUAAUGAAGAAUCUCCGGGUUUGUGGGGAUUGCCACACUUGGACCAAGUAUGUGUCAAAAAUUGUGCAGAGGGAAAUACUAGUUAGAGAUGCAAAUCGCUUUCACUUGUUUAAGGAUGGGACAUGUAGCUGCAGAGACUACUGGUGAUUAAAGUCUGUCGUCCUUCCUCAUACUUAGCAGAUAAAAAGAUUCCUACGAUUGAAGAAAUUAAGGAUUUAUCAUUUGGAAACAAUCUGGAGGUUAAAUAUCUCUCUGCUUGUUAGAAUUGUGAGGUUUCAAGCUAUAUCUCCUGUACUAUUACGUUUCUACCUUAAGUUGCAGGACUGGUGCACUAUUUGACUUUGAAAAGAGAUGCAAAAGUAUUAAGGAUCUUCGUAUCUGGGCCUGCUUCUUUCUAGUGGAAUAGCGUGCCUACUUUCUCAUUCGGAGGUCAAAAGAUACAGAUACAUACAAAGGUUCUGGGACUGUUAUCCGAGCAAUCAAAAGCUUGAUCAUAGCCCACCGGGGUUCGAGAUAUAAGUGGCAGAAGAAAAAUGAAAGCUGUCUAUAAUUAUAAGCUAGAUAUUUCAUGGUAACUCGUGUUACUAAUUCAUUCAUUGAAUAUCUUUCUUGCCCGUAUGAAGAAUGUGGAAUAGCAGGAACCAGCAAAAUACUCCUAAAGGGAACGAACGCAGAACGUGAGCUACUUUGAUUUCAACUUUGUGCUAGGUGCAUGGAGGAAACUUGUAUGUAACAAUCAAGGGUGUCCUAAGUGGAUUUUUAUGCUUACUUUAGCUGGUCAUGGCAGAUUGACUACCAGGGAUAGGCUGGUUAGAUGGGGUGUAACUGCUGAUCAAGUAUGCCCUCUUUGUUCUGUAGAGAAUGAAAGUGUAGAGCAUUUGUUCUUCAGGUGUGACUGAAUGGGCUGCCAGAAUGUGGUUGAAGUUGUUACAGUGGCAGGGUAUAUGUAGAGCCAGUCAUGGGCUGGGAGGAUGAAUUGGCCUUGACAGGAAGUCUUAUGCAGGGGAAAACUGCUGGGGCUGCAGUAUUUGGAAUUGUGCUUGCAGGUGCAAUUUACUUUAUAUGGCAAGAAAGAAAUAUGAGAGUUUUUCAGGGUAAACAAAGAAAUGCUGAAGUGGUUACAAAGCUGCUUAUACAAAAGACAUUCUGCAGAGGAACUAUGAAAUGCAGUUUGACAAGAAGACUGGAGCAACUCAAUUACUAUCAUAGCAUGUAUUAGAUAAUUUUCUUUUGACUAGGCUGUGUAGUAGGUUGAACUGGAGCUGUAUGAAAUUGGGAUGAAAUUCCACUUUCAGCUCUUUUUUGUACUGUACAUAAUGAUUACUUGGUAAUUAAAAUUUUUUAUUCACCCCCAAAAGAAAAGACUUUGUGCUAGCUACUUCCUCACUGUUUUUGCCAAGAUAUUCUACUGCUGCAAGCUGAGCACAUAGCUAUUUCUGUGG